UAUAUUUAACUUUGCCUAAACUCUCUUAAUUUGCAUCUAAUCUGCACACUUUUGAGUACACUCCAUAGCCUUUCACUCUCUGCCUAUAAAAACCACCUUCAACAUCUAUUUUUUUCCACAUCCGAAAAGCUUCAUUUGAAUCAAAUAAUCGUCCUCUUCAUUCCUUCUCUUUUGAUCAUAAUCAUGGGUGUCUUGACAUACGAAUCCGAGUUCACCUCCACAGUCUCUCCUGCUAGGCUCUUCAAAGCUUUCGUCCUGGACGGCGACAACCUUGUCCCAAAGAUUGCACCUCAGGCUGUUAAGAGUUCAGAAAUCAUUGAAGGAGAUGGUGGUGUUGGAACCAUCAAGAAGAUCACCUUCGGAGAAUGAAGCAGCUUCAGCUAUGUGAAGCACAAGAUUGAUGCACUUGACAAAGAUAACUUAACCUAUAGCUACAGUUUGAUCGAAGGCGAUGCUUUGUCUGACAAACUCGAGAAAAUAUCUUACGAGAGCAAGUUUGUUGCAACCGCUGAAGGAGGGACGAUCAUUAAGAAUAAUAGCAAGUACCACACCAAAGGUGAUGUGGAAAUUAAGGAAGAGCAGGUCAAGGAUGGCAAAGAGAAAGCCUCCGGUCUGUUCAAGCUUGUUGAAAACUACCUUCUCCAAAAUCCUGAUGCCUGCAACUAAAUCUAUGUCCUGUGUUUUAAGUUUGUUUUGAAAGUAGUAGACCACUCUCGGUACCAAUUUAGAUUUCCAAUAAGUAAUGUGGAAUUGCUUUGUGUUGUCCAUUUUCCAUAAAUAUAUAAUAAGAAACUACUUGCACUUUAAUUUC